AUGUCUCAAGUUAAAAGACGCCAUAGGCUUACUUUAGUUUGUACUAAUUGCAAAAGGAGGAAGUCUCGAUGUGAUCGAGGAAAGCCUGCGUGUGGGAAUUGUAUUAGGUUAGGAAAUAGGGAAACCUGUCAAUACUUUCCUGCAGCUUUAGGAACUGAAGGCGAAUUUGAUGAAGUGAGCAUCGAUUCUAAUGUAUCUUGUUUACAAAACAAGUGGCAAUUUGUAAGAAUACAUUCUCCUAACAUGGUUGAUUUGAUGGCUGGAAAGAUAUUAAUAUGUGGGAAAAGGUCAGCCACAUGGAUAAUAGAUCCUUUGGGCACGGAAGCUAUUCAAAACAGGGAUGUAUAUCUGGAGUUGUUCAACAUAUUUGUUCAUGUUUCUAUACGCAAGACGAUAGGCAAGUUAAGGGCAAUAUCAAAGAGUGACUGCCAGCAGCAAGGACGGUCGUUACCAAACUCAGUUAAGCAUCUGAUGGAAAUUGAUAAUGGUCAGGUGGAGCCUGAAUCCAGCCACUCACUAUUAUCGAAGCAUCAGAAGGUAUAUCGUUCUUUGUUUGAAAAGUAUGCUAACAACAGAUUCCAGUUGCGCAAGCAAUUUUGUGAUACGGGCAAUGUGGAUGAGGACAAUGAGUUGGUCAAAGUGUAUUUGGUAGAUAAACAAAUAUUUCUUCAGAAGGUUUGGCCGCAUUUUAAAAGGUAUAUUUUGUACCUUAUACCAAUAUAUGAUCCUGAAGUUCUGUUGAUUGGAAUUCAGCAGCUAUAUAAAGAUUUUGAAACGAAUGGUAAAUUAUCGAGUAAGAACCACGAUUUUAUCAUAUUUGCAACAAUAUUACUUAUUACCAGACUGGUACAGCUAUCAAUUAGGUUUGACAAGUGUACAAUCACAAAUGCGAAAUAUAAUCGCAUAGCGGACAUAAAGACGGAAGCUUACGUUGCAGUGGUAAAUCAUUGUCUCUUAAGAUUCAAAAUAUUUCGCAAAGUGACCCUUCCUCAACUCCAAUGUCUACUAUUACUGCGUUUUCAUAACUGGUCCUCUCCAAUGGAUGGAGAUGGCGAGGCGCUUCAGUACAGCAAUGUUUUAAUGGGUACCAUCUAUGCAAGUUGUUUGGAAAUGGGUAUAAACUGGCUUUGCAUGAAAUGCCCCAGCCGCUAUGAUUUUGAAAAUAUACAAAAGAAGCAAUUUGGUCUAAAGUCAGAAGAUCAUGUAAAUUCAGGUUUUGAAACGACUGAUGAUGACUUGAUGAGGUUAUACCAACAAAUUUGGGCUGUAGUUUUGCACUGGGAUAGGAACUUGAGUCUACUUACUGGUAAGGAACCAAUUAUUGGGAAAUCCUUGAAGUUUGAACAAAGAGAAGUGGCGAACUGGCACGUUAAUAUGAUUUCUACUGACUACUUAAAAUGGAGUUUAUUAAAUAUUAUCAGCGAUUCAUAUAACGAGGUCGAUUUAACUGAACUAACAUCGAUCUUAAAGCAAUUGAAAAAUCAAGUGGCGAUGUAUGCUGGCAAUUCUCCGCUAGACUUUGAACAGGAACUGAUUCUUCAAGCGGUUAAUCUUUCUCUUGUUCAUGCUGCUUUCAUUGAAUCGCGUUCGAAUUUUUCAAGCUUUGGAUUUUCUGAUGUACACUCUGAGUUGGUGGAAAGAAUUAUUCACUUGGCUAAAUUAUGUUUUCACUAUUUCUAUGAUCCUCCCACAUCUGAACAUCAGUAUUCUAGAUUCUAUACUAAUAAGAUUGUUGAAGUUGUUCUACACCGGCUUUGUAAUAUAAUGCCAGGUUUGGUUCUAAGAAUCUCAGGAUCUCCAAAGGCACCGUCUGUAAAAGCAGGUAUGGUUAGGUUCUAUUACAACCUCUGUUCAUUAUAUUUUAACGAGCUAGGUUACGAUUAUUAUCAAGUGCUCAAAAGGCUAUUUGAAAGCAAAGUAAAAUAUAAGAUCAUUGAACAAUCGAACGAACCAUUGGAAAUAAUGUUUGGCUACCUUGUACAUGAAGUUGCCCAAGGGAAUCAAGAAAAGUUACUGAAACUUGAAUUUGUAAAGUCAAUAUAUGAGGAGUACAAAUCACUUCAAGACGAAAAUAACAAUUGUGAUUUAACUAAGCUCUGGAAACAAUUGAUGCCAUUUGAGGAAAUUGACGAAAAUAACGAAAUAUGGUCUUUGUUUGGAGAGUCAACCUUCCUAGAAGGUAAAUAUGAAGAGUAUAAUUUAUUUUCUUCGUUCUACGACUACGCUUCAAAAAUGUUGACUGAAGAUACCAAAUUGGCGGCCACCUUACCCUUAACUGAAGAUAUUUCAGCGCAAUCUGCAACACAGUUAAAUAUAGAAAAUGGUAGGUAUCAGUUUGAUUUGUUGGAAGGUAUUCUUGAUCCAUUGGAUUUCAUUAGCUGGUUAGAUGAUGCCACAUACCAAACAAUACAGCAGUCAGUCGAGCCAACUUAA